GGCGGAGCGGAGCGGGCGGCGCGGGCACAGGUGCGGGCGGGCAGGGUGGGAGCGCGGGGGCGAUGCAGCAUGGCCCCGCCGCCCGGCUCCCCGCACCGCACCACCGGCUCCACCCUGCUGCACCCGCUGAGCGCCCUGCUGGGCAUCCCGCUGGACCAGAUCAAUUUUGUAGCCUGUCAACUGUUUGCACUUUUGGCUGCGUUUUGGUUUCGGAUUUACUUGGGUCCCAGUCAUGCCAGCUCUGCCGUUCGCCAUGCAUUUGCCACUCUCUUUGGAAUAUACUUUGCUGUCUUCUGCUUUGGGUGGUAUUCCAUUCAUCUUUUUGUCCUGGUGAUGAUGAACUAUGGCAUUAUGAAUAUGGCAAGUAUUCCCAACAUCCACAGGUACUCCUUUGUCGUGGCUAUGGGAUACCUCACGUUGUGCCACAUAAGCCGAAUAUACAUAUUUCAUUAUGGUAUUCUCACUACAGAUUUUUCCGGUCCGCUGAUGAUAAUUACACAGAAGAUCACAACGCUUGCAUGCCAGUUACAUGAUGGAAUAGGGCGACAAGCUGAGGAACUCACUGCUGAGCAAAAUCGGCUUGCUGUAAAGACAAGACCUUCUUUACUGGAGUAUUUAAGCUAUCUCCUCAAUUUUAUGAGCAUCAUAGCUGGGCCUUGCAGCAAUUACAAAGAUUAUAUAGCCUUCAUUGAAGGGAGGCAUGUGCACAUGAAACUGUUAGAAGUGAACUGGAAGCAGAAGGGUUAUGACAGACUUCCUGAUCCUUCUCCAACUGGAGCAGUGAUGUACAAGCUGUGUAUCACACUAGUAUCUCUCAUUUUAUUCUUGACACUUACCAAGAACUUUCCCAUGGCAUAUAUUAUUGAUAAUGAAUUUCUUGAUAAAACACCCUUCUUGUCAAGACUUGGUUACCUGUAUGUUGUAACACAGGCAGCAAAACCAAAGUAUUACUUUGCAUGGACAUUAGCAGAUGCAGUCAACAAUGCAGCCGGUUAUGGAUUCAGUGGAGUUGAUGAGAGGGGCAGUUUCCGCUGGGACCUGUUAUCCAAUUUAAAUAUCUGGAACAUUGAGACUGCAACAAGUUUUAAAAUGUACAUUGAAAACUGGAACAUUCAGACAGCUGCCUGGCUAAAACGUGUUUGCUAUGACAGAGCUCCCAGGUACCCUACGGCUUUAACAUUUAUCCUGUCGGCCCUGUGGCAUGGUAUCUAUCCCGGAUAUUAUUUUACAUUUCUCACUGGAAUCCUUAUCACACUCGCAUCCAGAGCAAUAAGAAAGAAUUGCAGACAUUACUUCCUCUCGUCAGUGCCUCUCAAGGUAGCCUACGAUGUCAUCACCUGGGUUGUCACUCAACUGGCCGUGUGCUAUACUGUUGCACCAUUCGUUAUGCUGGCUGUUGAGCCCACGGUUAAGUUUUACAAGUCUAUGUAUUUUCACAUGCACAUUCUAAGCAUCGUGGUGUUGCUUGUGUUGCCGAUCAGACCUCAAGCCCAUUCCACAAGAGAGCCUCAGAAUCAGGACGUGCAGAACUCUGUUAAAAGGAAAGACAAAUGAUGCCUCCAAAGAAAAUUGUUGACAUUGGGAAAUCAAACCGUCAUAUUGGAAGCAAAGAAAAAAGAAGAAAAACGAGUGGGGUGAGAGUCAAAGUAGAAGACGGGUGGCAGUUCUAUUGGUUGUCUUAAUCUUACUGGACUGUGCAAAAAAAGAGCCUGAAUGACUAUUUCAAAUUGUUCCAGUUAAGGGAGAUUUUACAGGCAACGUUUACAGGCUCAAGGGGCAUUUUGAUUUUUUUUAAUAAAUAUUUUUAUGAAAUGUUUUUAUAUAUUUAAACUUUUUCACACUGAGAGACAUUUUUUGCUCUUUUACAGAAAUAUACAAUUAAUAAUCUUGUGAUUAGAGGAUCAGGAAGCAGCUAGUAAAGAAUUAGACCAACUGCCUGAUAGCCUGGUGCUGUGGACAGCUGGCAGAGUAAGCUUUUAAUCUCUUGGCUACGGAGAGAGAUGAUGCAAGUAGAAAACUACAGACAUGGGGAUGCUCAAGUUGCUGGCGCUGACUUCUGCCCCAGCAGGGAGAAGAGGGAGUGGGGCUUUCUCUGGCAGUCCCCAGAGCAGGGACUGCAGCCUGAGCUUGGCGUUACACAUCCUUCAAUGUGACACCUGCUGGUAAUGAGGGCAAGACAAGUUCCUUGGAAAUAAGUGUCUGGGAGCACUGGCAACUGGCUAGGCCAAAAUCUGAAGCCAGGUAAAAGAAAAAAAACAAAAAAACUCCCUUUAGAGUAAAAGGAGAUGUGUAGAAUUGUGCUUCUCUAAAGAUACAGCUAGUGCUCAUUGCUACAUCAGCCUUACUUUGCAGUUUUAGAGUGAUGCGGCACUCCCAUUUCAGAAUCAGUAAUUGAGGGGGCAUGCAGGUUUAGUGUUUUAAAACUCACAGUUACAGGUUAAAUCUGAAAAAGAUUUGCAAUGGAUCAGACUGUUCUAGUCCGAAACAUCCUAUCUUGUGGAGGGAUUGCUUUUCAGCAGGACAACACUAAUAUGUAACCUGAGCAGUCAUAGUCAUAAUAAAUCAUUCUCUACAGAAUGUCGUGGUGUGAUAUGAUCAUCACAAGGGUCAAGGCCAAGUCCUUGUAUGAUCUUGACGUGUGACUUAGCCUCUUGAUGCAAGUUUUCCUGCUUGUAAAGUCCUUGGCUUACAGGGAUGUUUUGAGGUUUAAUUUCUAAGAGCCUUGUGCAUUGAGAUAACUGGCUGCAAAAUGCUGUGUGUGGUUUCUUUAUUUAAUUUUUCUUAAAUUCACUUUCCCUAAUAAAACAAGGUGGUAUGACACAUCAAAACCAACUGAAAUAUUUUUAUAAAAUUAUUCUUUUCCAUGAAUGUUUUUAUCAGGAUUUUAUAGGAGAAAUUUCCUUGUUAAAGUAUUGUUAUUGCUUUAUGGUCAUUUAACGGGUGUGUGAUUGAGGAAAGAAUCUGCUGUUUGCUGCAUUCUGAAUUUUGUAUCAGAUUAAAGUUUUGCAUCAUCCUAACAUUUUGUGAAAUGAAACCAAAACAAGUUCCAAAAAAAAUUUGGUGUUUUUUUUUUUUUCUUUUCCCUUCUGGGAAGUUUUUGUCCUGUGACCACCUCGUGAUUUAGAGCAUAGUUCAUGGAAGUGUUUAUUUGGUAAUUUAUUUUGAAGGUGAGAUGGGAUUAAAAGGUUGACCUGAAUA